AUGCUAUGGCCAAUGGUUUAUUCGAGUUUAAAUCUAUAUGAAACAGAUCGAAAGGUCGGUAAUGGACAAUUACAAUUUGAUUGCUUGUAUUAUUAUGUAGCUAAUUGGACAGAUUCUUAUGAGUUGCUACGGACUAAUACAAGUCAGAUUCUUAAGUAUUGUCGUCGUCCUCUGAAUGAAACCAGUAUACCGCGUCUUAGUUUUCCCAAUCAACAUCAACAUAUUAAAAACUAUACAUUUAAACAAUUGCGUCAGUCAAAUAUUACUAUUGAUCACUUAAUUUCAUGGAACGCUCCCGUGGAUCUUGCUGAACGAUAUUUCCUUUACAUUGAACAAUCGACCAUUGAUGAUCCAUCAUCAAAAGAAAUAUUCUAUCGAUGCAAAGAUCCGUGGUUUGGUCUUCGAUGUGAGUACGCGGCUGCUCAUAUAUUAAUCGACACAGAUGAUCACCCAAAGGAAAGUUUCUACAGGACAAAUGACUGGUAUGUUAAAGACAUGAUUAAUACUAACAGAGAGUCAUCAUGUUACGUUCAUUUGACAUGUGAUCGCGGAUCACCUAUGUGUCUUGAUUGGCGUGAAAUAUGCAAUGGUCAAAUCGAUUGUAUUGAUGACGGUGCCGAUGAAGCACAAUGUUUCCUUCUAGAAAUAAACGAAUGUGCUGAUGAUGAAUAUCGAUGUCAUAAUGGCUUGUGUAUUCCCUUAAAUUUCUACAAAGAUGACGCACAACAUCCAGAUUGUCUCGAUCGUUCUGAUGAACCAACUAGUAGAUCAUCUUUUAGCUUUUGUUCCAAAGAUCCAAGAUUUCGAUGCGAAGAUCAAGUUUGUCGAUCCAAUGACAUGAGCUUUUCUUGUGCUGAUGGACAGUGUGUUAAUAAUUUUAAGAAGUCAUGUGUAAAUGGACGAAACAACUUAGUAAAAACAGCCAUGAAAGCAAAAGGAAAUUUGUCUCACAAUUGUUCGUUAUUUAUGAUUUGUCAUACGCUAAUGAUCGAUAAGAUUAAUGGAGAAUCAUGUGCAAAUCUGUCUGUUUUAUCGAACGCCAAUAACUCUGAUCUGUUCAUCUGUGAAUCAUUAUUUCAAUUUCCAACUAUUCCUGUCCUCUAUGGACAUGUACGUUUUCUGUACGAUAACAAUCAAUCGAAACUAAUACAAGCGGGCAUAAAUCUUAUACUCCCUGAUUACAUUUGUUAUGACGCACAGUUAUGUGAUUUUAUUUCAUCUACAUUUCACUAUCAAAACUUAACUUGUCGCCAUCGUCAACAAAUACCCGUAGAUGCUGAUCUUGGUUAUGAUGAGUUUUUACUAUCUUUAAGCAAUUAUUUUCGUCCUUGUGCAGCUCCGUAUAUAAUGUCCAAUGAUGAACAAUACAGACAACAUUCAUCGCUCUAUUGCUGCAAGAAUUCAUCAAAAUGUAUUUCGAAACAUCGUCUCAUGGAUCGUGUACGAGAUUGUUCGAUGGGCGAUGAUGAAAACUAUAAACUGAGCUGUUCUUUACAAGAUAUGCAUCGUUUCAAAUGCUCCGAUCAAGAUACAACGUGUUGGUCGCCAUCAGUCGAUCCUAAUUCUUGCACUGUAUUUAACCAGAAACUAAACUUAAAUAAAAUACUUUUCCAAAACAUUUGUGAUGGAGUUGUUCAUCUUUUACCUCAAGAAAUCGAUGGACAAAGUCAUAGUGAUGAAACAGAAUGUCAGCAUUGGCCAUGUAGUAACAUCUACACGAGAUGUGACAGUUUUAAGGCUUGUCCGGAUGGUCACGACGAGUAUGAUUGUCUGGACACUAAGUGUCCUUUAAAUCUUUAUCCAUGUAUCUCACCCAUAAAUUAUACAAUAAUCUGUUUAUUAAUGGAUCAAGUCGCUGAUAAUAUUAUCGAUUGUCUUGGAGCAACAGAUGAACUUCAGUAUUGUUACAUAUCGCAUGUCGACGCAAAUGAUCACUGCUGGAACGUUACUGAUUGCAUAUCUCCUGAUCAAUUAUGUGAUCACUUCAGAAGUUGUCCUUCACCGGUUCAUGAAAACUUUUGUCAUAAGAAGAUAUGUCUGGAUAGUUUGGAUAGUAUUGAUGAAGCAAGAGAGAUAUUCUGUCCAUUAGCAGAGAACAAAAACGCAAUUGAAUACUUCUCACUGAAGACCGCUCGCAUCUAUCCUCUAUUAGAAGAAUCUCUUUCUGCUGUUCAAUUCAAUCAACAGCAAGUCAAACAUCAGUCUUUUAUGAAAAACACUCAGUUUAUCCCCGAGACCAUAGGAUGGAUACGUCAUUGUCCUCAUGGACUGAGUGUUGUUGCCUGGCAAGGUGGUGACACCCUCAUCAACCAAUGCUUUUGUCCACCAAAUUACUAUGGUGAUCUAUCUGUAGUACAGGAUACAUCUAUGUAUCAUGAAAGUAUCUUAACAUCGAUUACUCCUAAUCAGCGUUGUUUACGUAUCAAUGAACUAUUCAAUUUGACUCUGUUAAGAUUACCACGUAUCCGACGCGUAAAAUACUAUCAUCUACCAUGUCAAACUCGUUUAGAUUUGUGGUGCUUUUUCGAUGAAAUCUACAUGUGUGUGUGUACAUCAGACAAUCAUACGAAUUGUAUUAAAUUCGAUCAUCAACUAUCAUAUGCCUGCAAACACAACGAUUUCUGUGACAAUGGUGCAUCAUGUUUUCAAGAUGAUAUCACUUGUCCGUCUGGUACUAUAUGCAUCUGUACCGAUUGUUAUUUCGGUACGCGAUGUCAGUUCUAUGCUAAAGGUUUUGGUUUGACACUUGAUGAUAUUCUCCGUUAUGAACUUCGACGUAAUUUCUCAUUGUCUCAACAACGAGUGUCAAUAAAAAUGAGUGCUAUAGUGACAAUGUUCAUUCAAAUUCUGGUUUCUGAUUCUAUCACAAAUCGAUUUAAUCAUCAAUCGAACGAUUCUUCAGUUGGGCUGUAA